GUUGAAGGAGAGGCCCAGCACCCACACCAUGCUGCAUGCUCCUGGGUGGAGGGGACUGCCCUGGGCCAUGCUGCUGCUCCUCUGGGGUGUCCAGCCCCAGCUGACUCACGCCUGGUGUUCUGAGGAGGACCUGAGCAGCUAUCAAGUCAGUGAUCUGGAGCUCUCUGCUGCAGUGCAGUUGGCCCUGAGCACAUUCAACAAGCAGAGCCAGGAUGAGCACGCCUACCGGCUGGUUCGCACCCUGAGUUCCCAGUGGGAGCCGAAUGAAGACUCAGGAAGAGUACUCUCCAUGAGGCUGCUGCUGCGCAGAACCGUAUGUAGGAAAUCUGAACAAGGCAUUGACAUCUGCCCUUUCCAUGACAGCCCAGAGCCCAGCAAUGAACAUUUUCCCCAAGCCCGUCUUGGAGAUUCAGUCAAGGUCUCGAUAGCCCGAGUCCUUGAGAGCAUCACAUUAUUUAUUGUACACCCUGUUCCCCUGGGCACCUGUGAGGUGAGGCUCCUCUCUGCAUCCUGCUCCAUCCACCUUCCCUUCCUGGGCGGCGUCCCCCUCUCACCCCAGGAGGUGACCCGCAGGUCUGGAAGAGUUUCUGGGAGAGGCAAGGACACCAUGGCACGUCCCCCUGGGAAGAGGGCGCUAAUUUGGGCUGCCCUGCUGCUCCUCUGGGGCAACCAGCUCCUGGGGACUGGAGACUGGUACCUCCAGCAGGAUCAGGAGGAUGACCAGAGAGAGGUGGGGCUGUACUUCCCCCCGACCAUGGAGUUCGUCCAGCACACCUUCAACCAGGAGCACAAGGACGACGAGUACGCCUACCGGGUGGAGCGCAUCCUGAACGUGCGCAGGGAGCAGACUGAGGACAUGGUAUUCUUCAUGACACUGCAGCUGCGCAGAACCAAGUGCAAGAAGUUCCAGGAUGACCUCGACAACUGCCCCUUCCAGGAGAGCCUCAGACCCAGCAAUAUCAUUACCUGUGCCUUCAGUGUGAGCACCCUGCCGUGGACCACAGAGUUCCACCUCUUGAAGAAGAACUGUUCUGAGGGUCCCUCUUGAUCCCUCCAAGCCCAGCCUCACUGCUCACUUCCGGGGACACCAGCACUUCCCAUAUGGCUCUUCCGGACCCAGUUGCUCCAAGGUUUCUGUUUCCCUCAACUUCCAAAAGUUAAGUCUCCUGUCCUGGAGUUUAAAAUUCCUCCUUGCCCACCAUCAUCACAGAGAGCUCAUUAAAGUUUGCCC